AUGCCCAACACCCACCGCCACGCCCUCCAAAUCGUCCCCCGACGGCAGGAAGACAUUGAUGAAAUCUUCGAAGCUAUAGAAACCAAUAACUUCGACAGUCCCAUCUUCGGGGAAGCAGGUGCGGUAUACCACGACAAACUAACACGUCGACUCAUGCCUAGGACACCAAUGUUUCAGCAUUACAACAUCAUUCCUGAGGUGCCGCACCCAAGGACUGUAGCUGCUCCGAACGAUAGACUGCAAACACCUGAUACGCCGACACCUAAGCCAAAGCCUAAGCGUAAGCCUAGGAAGAGGAAGCGCGAUCAGACGCCGCAGGAGCCGGUUGACCAGGAGGAGGUAGUGGUAAAGCAAGAGCCGGUGGAGAAGAAGCAGAAGGGUGUGAAGGUAGAAGAUACCGCGUAG